GUUAUUACCUGGACUGGGUCUGUGUGGAUGUGAAUGUAUAUUUUGGUCUUUGGUAAACAUAAAAAAUUUGAAAAUUUAAAAAUUGAUUCUUUUUUGAGAAUAUCAAACAUCAAAGACGUGUUGAGCUGUUACCAUCUCUUUUUCUAAAUCUCUCUGUACGCCACUCUCCCUCUCUCUCUCCCCUAUAACUUCUUCUCCUUCUUAAUACGUUCUCAUAUUGCAAGCUGGAAUCGAAUGUGAGCUUUUUUGGACUCAUCUCACUGCUCAUAGCUCGCUUUCUCUCUUUCUUACCUAUCUCACAUUUUUCAGUUUUUAUUUAUUUAUCAAGAAUAGAUCUCUCUUUUAUAAGUUGUGUCCCGUCCCCUUGUUGCCAUGAUUUAGAGACGCUUCGCUUUCUUGCUUCUGCUUCGUCUUCCACGCGUCUUUCUUUCCCAUCCAUUUUAUCUGUUUUUCUCUGACAAUGUUAUCAAAGUUAUAGCCUUUUCAGCCCUCGAGAGAAAGAAGGGGAGAACAAAAAGAAAAAAAGAAAAAGAAAAAACAAUUAAGAGGAAACAGUUUUUGGGCUAAUAUUGAUUGCUUAUUUUGUUCUGUUCCGUUCCUUCUUUUGUUUGUGUGUCUGGUUUAUUUUUAUAGAUCAGACCCAAAACAGAAAAAUUAACGACAAUGGCACCCUCGUUCGAUUGGUGGGCUAAGGAGGGCCAUAGAGGCACACCCGUCGUGGUCAAAAUGGAGAACCCCAACUGGUCAAUGGUCGAGCUAGAGGGUCCAUCCGAGGAAGAUUUCAUCAUCGGCGCCAACUCCCCGGCGCGUACAAGGGAUAAGUCUCGCAACAAGAACGCCAAGCAGCUAACAUGGGUUCUUCUCCUCAAAGCCCACAAGGCUGCCGGUUGUUUAACCUCCAUUGCCUCCGCAAUGGUCUCCCUGGGCUCGUCCAUCAAGCGUCGUCUCCGCUCUGGCCGCACCGACACCGACACAGAAGGUGACGCCGAUAUCGACCGGGUAAAUGAGGACCCAACUGUCAGAACGCGGUUCUACUCCUGUAUCAAGGUGUUUUUAUGGCUAUCAGUUUUACUUCUAGGGUUCGAGAUGGCUGCCUAUUUCAAGGGCUGGCAUUUUGGUGCUCCACAUCUCCAAUUGCAGUACUUAUUAGCCACGCCGUUUGGGUUUAAAGACAUUUUCGAUUCGUUGUAUUCUCGGUGGGUUUUGAUUCGCGUGGAGUAUCUCGCUCCUCCAUUGCAAUUCCUCGCCAAUGUAUGUAUUGUGCUCUUCCUUAUCCAGAGUUUGGAUAGGCUUAUUCUCUGCUUGGGUUGUUUCUGGAUCCGAUUUAAGAAGAUAAAACCCAUUCCCAAACAAGACGCAGUUGCUGAUCUUGAGUCCGGUGAAAAUGGCUUCUUCCCUAUGGUUCUUGUCCAAAUCCCCAUGUGCAAUGAGAAAGAGGUUUAUCAACAAUCAAUUGCUGCUGUGUGUAAUUUGGAUUGGCCUAAAUCAAAAAUUUUGAUUCAAGUUCUUGAUGAUUCUGAUGAUCCAAUCACACAAUUGUUGAUUAAAGAAGAGGUGAACAAAUGGCAACAAGAGGGUUCCCACAUUGUGUAUAGGCAUCGUGAAAUUAGAGAAGGCUAUAAAGCUGGUAAUCUGAAGUCUGCAAUGAGUUGCAGCUAUGUUAAAGAUUAUGAAUUUGUUGCUAUUUUUGAUGCCGAUUUCCAGCCCACACCUGACUUUCUUAAAAGAACAGUCCCUCACUUCAAGGAUGAUGAAGAGUUAGGACUGGUUCAAGCACGAUGGUCAUUUGUAAACAAGGAUGAGAACUUGUUAACAAGGUUGCAGAAUAUUAACUUAGCAUUCCAUUUCGAAGUAGAGCAGCAGGUAAAUGGUGUUUUCCUUAAUUUCUUUGGGUUCAAUGGGACUGCCGGUAUAUGGAGGAUAAAGGCUUUAGAUGAUGCUGGUGGGUGGUUAGAGAGAACUACUGUUGAGGACAUGGAUAUCGCUGUCCGUGCUCAUCUUCACGGCUGGAAAUUUAUCUUCCUGAAUGAUGUUGAGUGCCAGUGUGAAUUGCCUGAAUCAUAUGAAGCAUAUAGAAAGCAACAACACAGAUGGCAUUCUGGACCCAUGCAGUUGUUUAGACUCUGUUUACCUGCUAUCAUAAGAUCAAAGAUUGGCAUAUGGAAGAAAUUCAAUUUGAUCUUUCUCUUCUUUCUGCUAAGAAAACUGAUCCUGCCCUUUUAUUCUUUCACCCUAUUUUGCAUAAUUUUGCCCAUGACAAUGUUUGUACCAGAGGCAGAGCUUCCAGCAUGGGUUGUGUGUUAUAUUCCAGCCACAAUGUCAUUUCUCAAUAUCCUCCCUGCACCAAAAUCCUUCCCCUUCAUUGUCCCGUAUCUUCUAUUUGAGAACACUAUGUCAGUGACUAAGUUCAAUGCCAUGAUCUCUGGUCUAUUCCAGCUUGGAAGUGCCUAUGAAUGGGUUGUCACUAAGAAGUCUGGUCGCUCUUCUGAGGGUGAUCUUGUAUCCUUAGCUCAAAAAGAAACAAAGCAUCAAAAUGGGGCGUCAGUGCUAAAUCUUGGAGAUAUGAAAGAGGAACUUCAACAGAAGGAACAAAAUACUCAAAAGAAGAAGCAUAAUAGAAUAUAUACAAAGGAACUCGCAUUGGCUUUUCUUCUUUUAACAGCUUCAGCGAGGAGUCUCCUGUCUGCACAGGGGAUCCAUUUCUACUUUUUGCUGUUUCAAGGAGUAUCAUUCCUGCUGGUUGGUCUUGAUUUGAUAGGGGAGCAGGUCGAGUGAAUCGAAAAUUAGAUGGAUUACAGGGGGUUAUAAGGCAGCUGUAGAUGCACAGGCGAAAUGGAUGCACACAGAAUAUCAAUGAAGAAGAACCGACACUGGGAGAUCAUUACCGCUGGCUGAGAAACGCUUCAUUUUUUUUUUCUAGCCUUCACCCUUCAGAACCCCAAUACGAGAAAACAUUUUAAAAAAUUGGACAGAAGAAUGACUUGCAGUUGGGAGACACCGAAAAUUACAUAAUAUCAAUGCUCUUGAUUAUAUGUAAGGUUUCCUUCUUCUUUUUUUGUUUUUUCAUUCUUUUGUUUUUGCUUCAAUUCUUUUGUAAGAAAAAUUUGUCGUUAAAACAUCAAACAAUUACUUACAUUUUUAAGGAGAGAUAGCAGAACUCCACAUGAGAUGCCUUUUUUUUUUCUUUUUACUCUAAUCAAUUCCGAACAUGUGCAUUCAAAUUGUAGUUAAUUUUACUGUAAUUAUCAAGAGAAGAAAUUGAAUCGCAGUUCAGGUUUUGCUUUUCCAGAAA